UGCAGGAAGAUGAUGACUCCUGACAACAGGGACGGUGUGACUUCAUGUGCCUGUAAAGGCAUCCGGCGGUGUCUCAGGUGUGAAGACGUGAAGGAGAAAGGAAUACAGGAAGCGAAUGAACUGAAGAUUGUGCAUCAUUUCCUCUACGAUCCCGAGACUAGGCUUGCAGUUCCCAAGGAUGCCGAGGCUGCAUCCUUCCCCUUUCCUGGUGUCUUCCUGUGGGAGAACUUCAUAUCAGAGGAGGAGGAGAAAAACCUGAUAAGCGCGAUGGACCAGGAUGUGUGGAAUGAGUCCCAGUCUGGCCGAAGGAAACAGGACUUUGGCCCGAAAGUUAACUUCAAGAAAAGGAAAGUGCGUGUUGGUGGCUUCAGUGGACUGCCUCCUCUGAGCCAAGCACUAGUGCUCCGAAUGCACCAAGAGCCAAGUCUAGCAGACUUUCAACCAGUGGAGCAGUGCAAUCUGGAUUACCACCCUCAGCGAGGCUCUGCCAUCGAUCCACACCUAGAUGACUCCUGGCUGUGGGGGGAGCGCCUGGUCACGAUCAACAUGUUAUCAGACACUACACUUACUAUGUCGCUCGAACAGGGUCUACCACAGCUGGGACUGACAGAGGAAGUCAGCGUGGCUGUGCGUCUUCCUUGCAGAUCUUUAGUGGUGUUAUACGGCGAAGCGAGGCACAGAUGGAAACAUGCCAUUCACAGGCACGACGUUCAGGAGCGUAGAGUUUGCAGCACCUACAGAGAGCUGUCUGCAGAGUUCCUACCUGGAGGGCAGCAGGCAGAACUGGGGGCUCAGCUGUUGAACAUUUCUUUGAGCUUUCAAGGAACUCCAAUAUAAGGGAAGGUUGUAAUGGCCCAGACACACCAAAAUGACUUCAGAGAACUAGCGGCGACAAAGGCCCCUCGCUGCGUUGCCAGACUUUGCUUUGUCUCAGCCAACAAGUUGCACAUGAAACUACAAAGACUACAGCUGACUGUCAACCAGCACAUACGUUCUGCACCUGCGUGACAGGAAAUUACUCUCCACACCAGCAGACAGUGGUGGUCUGUAUUCGUCAUCAAAAAAGGGAAAUCGGACCGUCUUGAUGCUAGUUAGCCAGUUAGCACAUUUACAACAAAAUCUAAUGCACCGUGCUUCAGUGAAUGAUAACACAAACUGUCAGGAAACAUUUCUGCUAAAGAGCUCAGUGACUAAAAAAUAAUCUGACCAUAUGUAACAACUUUGUUUUGGUCUCACUCCCUCUUGACUUUAGCCCUUUGUUUACUUUCCUCACUUCCAUUUCUCUUCUCAUUCACUGUGAGGGAUUUCAUUCACCGACCGGCUCCGACAUCUCCGAUUUAACAGACAUGUACAGCUGCAGACACAUUUAAUUUGUAGUGUACAUGACACGCCCCUAAAAACCAUUGACUAUUAUCUGAACAGUGCUACAAUUCACGUUGUUGUGAAUAAAUAUGAAGCCAAAAGUAGCAGUUAUCCACUUCAUAAUUUAUUAUAAAUGAGGACAUAAUUCACUGUAGCAGUGACGAGAUGUAACCCUUAACAUACCCUAACCCUAACCACCUCUCUUUAAAAUCUAAUACUUCAUGGCGAGCUAAUUGCUAACUAGCGUAUUUGUCGGGACUUUUGAUUGUGGGCCAAGGAGCGAAGGAUCGUGGACUGACGUGUAGGUAUGGUGGGUGAGUCAUGUAGCUGCUCCAGCUACAGUUAUACCUUCUUGAUUCAACAUGCUGAAUUGCCCCCCAGAAAAAGCAGACGAGGGACAACGGUGCGGGACACACUGCAUUGAUUAGGGCGACAGACGCUCAUCAACUGCCUAACCCUGACCGAUGACCGACCGUCAGCUUGGUGUGUCCUGGCCUUAAUACCAGAGGAGGAGGUACAGACUUCUUUGGUGCCUUGAUAAAUCAAAGUUUAUACCCAAAUGUCUAUCAAAUAGAGUUAUAUAAAUGUAGUUAAUACUUGAUAUGUUUCAGACCUACUGUCCUUCAUCUAUGCGGUUGUUACUGUUGUUGAUGCCACAUACAGACAAAUAUUCUGCACUAGUGAUCACAUUAAAUUAAUAUUUUGGUUACCUGCCUUGUAAACAAAUCUAUAAUGCAUGAAAAUGGAAUUAAAAAACUCAAAGGAUCUGUCACCUGACACAGUCCUGAAUAACAAUCGUCCUUCUAUGUCAUAACUGGCUUCAUUUAAUUGGUCCGUUGUAUUUUUCUGCAGACUUUUAUCUUUAUCAUCUCUGUCUUUAAUAAAGAAAAACAUUUUUUUCA